AUGUCACCAAUUACUGUCGAUACAAAAGUGUUGAUUCUCAUAGAUGGUAUUGCAAUUGUUGCUAGACCCGUUGACGUAAGUGUAAGAAGUGUGAAUGAAAGCACGCUCAGCAAUGCUCGGACGAGAACAAAGAACGCCGCCGCAGCGAUUCGACUCCACGUGUUCGAAGCUUUGUUCACACACCAAACAAAGAAGCCACGACCUAUGUCAGACUUCUCCCACGAAGAAACUCUCCUCUUCAACGAGUCACUUACCUCUGAUUCCUCAAUCCACCAGCCUAACGACAAAACCAUGAUGAUCAAACACAUCAUCGAGGAGGUGAAGAAGGAGGUACGAGAACGAAUGGAGAAGUUCGACGGGUCCCAUGGCUUCGACCAUAUAGAGCGCGUCCUGAACCUCGCUCAGCUACUGCAAAUCAACGAGCGACGAAAAGCUCCCGAUGUCGUUUACCGGAACGACAUCAUUCGCCUUGCCGCCCUCCUUCACGACGUGGGGGAUCACAAGUACCUCCCAGAAGGAGAGGACGGAGAGACCCUUGCAGAACGAAUCCUCCUCAGCCACGGCGUCUAUGAAGACCUGGCUGCAAAUAUCCAGGAGAUCGUGAAUUGUGUUUCCUACUCUCACGAGAUCAAAGACCCAGAGAAGGUUCAGCGGUGUCUGGAGAAGCUGCCAGAACUAGCGAUCGUCCAAGAUGCAGAUCGUCUGGACGCCCUGGGAGCUGUGGGAGUCACUCGGGCGAUCGGAUUCAAUAUCGCGGAGGGACGGACUUUGCAGGAUGGGAUUAACCAUCUGAACCAGAAGCCGGCGAAAUUGCCGGGGAUGAUGAAGACGGCGACGGGGAGGGAGAUGGGGAAGGAGCGGCUAGAGAAGCUGCAGGGGAUUGUGAAGUUGUGGGAGAAUGAGGUGAAGUUGAGGGCGUAG